GCGGAUCGAGUCGAACGCGAUUGGUCGAAGUUCCGUCGAGGUGCGUGUGUGAAAACCGACUGGUUCGCCCUUAAGGAAUUGAAUUUGUUCUGUCUUCGAGUUCAGACUGGCAGACAGACAGACCCAAGAACCCGCCCGAUAGGUUACCGCGCAGAUCAUCGAUCAAAGCCAGCAGCGCAGGCAGCAUCGAGUGUCGUUUAAAAAGUUUUAUUUUUUUUUUCGGAGGAUUGCACCGGAAAACACAAAAACAAAACAAUCAUCAGCGCCAAGAUGAGUGGAUCGAUUGAUAAUGGUUAAAUGGACCCGCGCGCGUGGAUUCUAUAUAAAGUGUACGCCGAGAGGCCCGGAGAUCGGAAAAGCAAAAAAAAAGUGUCUGUGUUUGGCUAUCUGCAAUCGAUAUUACCCUCCUCCAUAAGUGUUUUUUUUUUCUGCCCGGCAGGAAUUUUAUUUUAAGUAUUUGGUCGGAAAUCGAUAGUUUAGGGAGGAGGUACGCUAUCGACUGAGCAAAACAACAUAUUAAUCUCUAAGCGUAUCUAGAACCGAAAAAGCAACGUUACGGUUUCAAGUGAGUCAGCAAAAAACGGAAAUGAGUGCUCGGCUAAAUUGAAGAAAAAACGGCAAAAGUGCGUGUUUGGGAUAGACCACGAAGGUUUAGGUAAAAAACAUUCUGGCACCGAGAAAUAAUAUACAUAAUACGAUGUUUGUCGAACGGAGUGUCACGUGCCAGUUUAGUGAAUAUUGUUGAUAAGAAAAAAAUUUGAAGCAACCAUCGUGCAACCUGCAGAUUGUGUAAAGUUCGAGUUGAUACUAGUCUAUCCCGGAAGCUGACACUUCAAGGCACAGGAAUCAUGUGUCCCAGAAAAUCACUGCUGAAGCUAAUCCUUAUCGCCUGGAGCGUGAUUUGUGGACCGACGGGUGUCGCAGUGCGCGCUGAAUCCGACCACCAAGGUCUGUACACCAACCGGCUAGAGGAGGCACAGCUGAUUGUACCGCGAAGGGUGAAUCGGCAGGGGGACUUGAUCUCCCAUCGGUUAACACAUUAUCAUCAUCAUCAUCAUCAACAGCAGCAGCAGCAGCCGUCGCAGCGAGAGGACAUAUUCGACGGUGAAAAAGUGCUGACCAGCAGAAAUCGGCGAAGCCGUCGGGAGCUGCACGAGAUAGACGAAAAGCUACACUAUCAGAUCGAUAUCGUAGAUCAGACCUUACAUGUGGAGCUCGAACCAUCGCUGGAAUCGUUCGUAGCGCCAAUAAUGGUAGUGGAACGGCAUCGCCGAGAUCUACGUACCCGGUCACGUCCGCAGAAGCACGUCCACAGCUGUCAUUACCAAGGACACAUCCGAGGUCAUGAUCACUCCCGAGUAGCGCUGUCCGCUUGCAAUGGCUUGACCGGCUUCCUGCGAACCAAUAAGACCGAAUACUGGAUCGAACCGUCCAAUAAUCACAGCCCGUCGGACAAAGAUGGCCACCCGCACGUAAUUUUCAAACGGGCGGAUGUUAAGGAUAUUAAGGCCACCCGGUCGAAGAAAGCAACAGCUGCGACCGGCAAGAAGAAAAAGAAGAAACGCAGAAAGCGUCAUGCCAGCAACUGCGGAACCAAGGAACCACGGAGGCUUACCGAGACUCGGAUCGAGUGGCAACAUCAGGGAAAGGUGAUCGUACAGGGUGGCCGAAAAAGUCGUGAUCAUCCCGGAACUGUCGGAGCAGCACCAGCGGGAAUGGGCAAGAAACGCAUCAAGCGAUCCAUCAGCACUCCUCGGCAUGUUGAGGCCUUAGUCGUUGCGGAUCAUUCCAUGGUGCAGUUCCAUCAGGACAUGGAUCUACAGCAGUACCUGUUGACAAUCAUGAAUAUGGUUUCAUCAUUGUAUAAAGAUCCCACCAUCGGUAAUUCGAUCCAGGUGACAGUGGUGCGAAUAAUCAUACUCGAAGAGGAGGAAUCGCAUGCCGACUUCAACGUGACGCACAUAGCGGCUAACACACUGGAAAACUUCUGCAGAUGGCAGCGAAGCUUAAAUCCAAAGGCAGAGGACGACCCUCAUCAUCACGAUGUGGCAAUUUUGGUAACCAGAAAAAACAUUUGCUCCACCCAUGGAUGCUCCACCUUAGGGGUCGCCAACGUGGGCGGCAUGUGCCGUCCGGACAAGUCGUGCAGCGUCAACGAGGACAACGGGAUCACCCUGGCGCACACGAUCUCCCACGAGCUCGGCCACAAUUUCGGAAUGUACCACGAUACAGCGAAGACGGGUUGCGAUCAUCGCAUCGGACCGAUCCUGCACAUCAUGACGCCCAGCUUCGAAGCGGACACGAUGCAAGUUUCGUGGUCCAAUUGUAGCCGCAGAGACAUCACACAUUUUCUAGACUUGGGACUCGGUAAAUGCCUCGAAGAUCAGCCGAGCCAGCAGGAGUACAGCUAUCCGGAGCUACCGCCAGGGGCGAUGUACAACGCGGAUCUGCAGUGCCGCCAGCAGUUCAAUUCGACCGACGAGGAAAUAACCGUCUGCUCACUGGACGAAAUUUGCAACCAGCUGUGGUGCCUGGUUAACGACGUUUGCAUGACCAUGAUGCGGCCGGCAGCACCCGGAACAAACUGCGGCAGACGGAAGUGGUGCCAGAACCAACAGUGUGUAGACAUUGAAGAGCUUCCUCCUCCGAUGGACGGAGGAUGGGGUGAAUGGAGCACCUGGAGCGAGUGUUCCCGUGAAUGUGGCGCCGGAAUCGCCCGCCAAACACGCGAAUGUGACCAUCCUUCACCAGCUCACGGGGGACUGUUUUGUAUUGGAGAAAGGGCACGGUAUAAAACGUGCAACACACAUCCCUGUCCACCGGAUACACCUUCGUACCGAGCACAGCAAUGUUCCGAACAUGACAAUGACACUGUCAAGGGUGCGAAAUACACGUGGUUGCCGUAUUUCGAUAAAAACGAACCCUGUGAGCUGUACUGCACCAACUCGGAGGACACCAUCAUUGUGCCGUUCGGAGACAACGCAGCCGAUGGAACGCCUUGCAACUUGGGUACGAACGACAUGUGCAUCGGUGGAAUCUGUCGCCGUGUGGGCUGCGAUUGGGUUGUCGAUUCCAACACGACCGAAGACCAGUGCGACGUCUGCGGCGGAAGUGGCGACAGCUGCACCGUCAUCCAGGGUAACUUUACCAAGAAGGUCAACAUGACGGACGGAUUCUACGAUGUGCUGCAGAUUCCGGCUGGUGCCAGAAACAUCCUGGUAGAGGAGAUGGGACCGUCGAAGAAUUACAUCGGUAUUGGAAAAGCGAACAGCAAGGAUUAUUAUCUGAACGGAAAUAGGUUGAUUCAGAUGCCAGGGGAGUACGAAAUUGCUGGCAGUUUGGGACUGUACGAUCGGGAGGACGAACAGGAGAAGAUCAAGAUUCCCGGGCCUAUCACCGAUGAUAUCACAAUAUCGGUCAUUAUGAAGAAAAGAAACAACCACGCCGGAAUACGGUACGAGUACACGCUAUCAUCGAACUCCAGCCGUCACCAAUCCUCAUACUACUGGAAGCUGACGGACUGGUCGUUAUGUUCCGUAACUUGUGGCGGUGGCAAGCAGCACCGCGAGUCGGUAUGUCACCACCGAGGCGAGGGAAUCGUGGAUGAUAGCUUCUGUGAACAGAAUGCUCACAACAAGCACCACGAGCAAAUGACACGGGAAUGCAACGAGGAUCCGUGCCCGGUGAACUGGUGGGUUGGUCCGUGGCAGCUAUGCUCCGUAACUUGCCGAAAGCCGGGCGAUCCAACACCGGUACGGAAGCGAACGAUUCUCUGCGUUGACCAGAGCCGAAAUGCCCAGCCGGACAGUCGAUGCGAAGGUAAGCCACGACCGACGGAUAGCGAGUCCUGUCCGGGCCGGCUGCCGCUCUGCAAAGGGCCGCUCGAUUCACACAUCAUAGUGGAGGACGUUCCACCCGAGUACGAGGAAAACAACGUUAUUUGACAGGGCAGGGCUAAUGUGCGAAUUACUGUUUAACAGUUGGUAUUAUGUUAUAUUAACAUUUAUCGUAGUUUAGCAGAGCAUUUUCCUAAGAUAAGAGAUUUUUCUAUUCAGUCGUACUUACAUUCUCGUGAAAAAGUAUUAUUUUGAAGAAACAUUAUAGAGACACUCUCGCCAGAAAGAACAACAGCGGUUGCUGCCAAGUAGGUUUAAAAUGGAAGAUUUCGAAGAAACCUCGAAACACUAAGCCCGCUCUAUUGGAAGGUUUUAAGCGUUAUAUAUUUACAGUGUAUUUAAAAGUAUUAGUUUAAGGAAGAGCAACCGCAAACAAGCAUCUUACCGUACAUGUGGAAUACUAAACUGUGCCUUGGGCUGAACUUUUUACGAUCAGGACAAAAUCAAACACAAAUAAAUACGAAAUCUCUUAAA